GAGGGGCGCUAAUUCACAAAAAGGACUCCAUAAAUCUCAGUAUUUCACAUGCAUGACACCGAGGUAACAAGGCAAGUACAACUGACAUGCGUCUCCAACUUGCCAAGCGAAUUGGUACGUAUAGACUGCAGACUACAGUCUCCAGAGUCAUCGUGGGAAAAAUAGCCAUCACCUGCUCCUUUAUUUUGUGUCCUCUUUCUAGAAGUCAGUGCAAGAAAGAACAUUCCAUGCUCCUUCCACGCCACGCCAGCCGGCCGCCUCCACCCUUGACCUCUUCCACACACUCCACAAUCUCCUACAGGCGGCUACAGUAGCUCCCGUCGCUCCUCCAUAUAUCCCAGACCCCGCCCACCUCAAAAUCACGACCAUAUGCUAGCAGUAGCAUACAAGCCCCAAGCUUUUCUUGAGCUCCACAAAUUUCCAUUGCCGCGCGCGCGCGUUUAAGCUAGCUGUGUCCACCGAUCAACUGCAACUCUCACACACGUCCACCUGCAAUUGCUGCAAAACAAUGGCUCCUCGCAGCGCCUACGUGCCCGUGUGCCUUGUUGCCCUGCUCCUGCUCGCCAGCCUUAGACCGUCCAGCGCGCGGCUGCUCCGGCCGCCGAUGGGGCGCGACGGCGCAAUCGAUGUGGCUAUGGAGGUGAAGGACGCCGUCGUCGACAAGUACGCGCCGCUCCUCCUUGCCAUGCUGCCGAGGGGGCCGGCGCCACCGUCCGCCCCGAGCGGCGGCACCAAUGAUAUCCCCCGGAAUUAAAAGGAACCGGUGGCCGUAGUAGUUGUACACGCAUGGACCCCGGCCAGAGCCCACAGGAAGUAGAUAAUAGUUGGUGACUUUUGGUGGUAUGUUGUUAUUGGUUUUAGUCAUAACGCAUAACAAGAUUUUGGUGUACAAAAUUCAUCAGAUUGGGGUAGACCAGUCUCUACAUGCGUAUAGUAUAGGCGUAAAGUCUAAUAGCUUCUUUCUUUGUAUCCUUGUUUAUUUUAAGUUAGCUGAUAUAUCUACACUAUUAUAUACUACAUACUCCCUCCGUUA